UGGAGCCCAAAUUGUAAAUAUGAAGACGAUAAUUUUAUUGGCAAUUUUUGUGAGUGUUACCUUAGCUGUACCAGUAACAAAAAAUGAACGUUAUAUUGAGGUAAUUGGCGGUGAUGAUAAAAUUCAUGUUGUCGAUCUAGAAGAGAAAAUUGAUAAUGACCUACUGGAACGCAUGACGAGAGAUCCUCGAAAUCGUUACUUACUUUACACAAGGUCAAAUCCAUCAUCGGCCCAGCUUUUGCAAAUAAACAACAUAGAUUCAAUUUUAUCAUCAAACUUUAAUCCCAACGCGCCGACUGUUGUCGUGGCUCACGGAUGGUUCAGUAACCAAAACACGAAUCUGAAUCCCGUUAUCAGAGAUGCAUAUCUGGAAAGCAGCGAAGUCAACGUGAUCAUUCUAGACUGGAGUAGAAUUGCAAUGGGUAGCUAUUUAAACGCUAUCGCUAACAUACCUAAUGUGGGCAAAGCUUUGGGUCAGUUUUUGAAGUUCCUAAGCGAAACAACUGGAGCAUCGCUUGAGUCAAUGCACUUGGUUGGCUUCAGUCUUGGCUCUCAUGUUGUUGGUAAUGCUGGAAGGGAACUAGAGGGGAAAGUUGGACGUGUUACAGGUCUCGACCCCGUCAGCCCGAUUUGGCACAACAACCGUAACCGCUUAGACAAAUCUGACGGUAUCUACGUUGAAAUAAUCCACACGAACGGCCGUGGUAGUGGAACUAACUUGGCCCUUGGUCAUGCUGAUUUCUAUCCCAAUGGUGGUAAUAGUCAGCCUGGUUGCUUCACAAGCAUUUGCAAUCACAACCGUUCGUGGGAAUUAUUCGCCGCUACAGUUCAAUACAAUCAUUUAGUUGGUAAAGAAUGCUCAUCUGAGGAUGAAGUUGUAUCUAACAAAUGUGGCGGAAAGUCAUAUAAUAUGGGCAAUGGAGAUGUAACCAAAUCUGGAUCUGGAUUAUAUCGAUUAUCUACUACAGGCAGUUAUCCUUAUUGAAAAAUAUUUAUACAGUCGACAAACAAACAUGUACGAAAUGAAAGUAAGUUAAGUAUUUAUAUAACCAAACAAUAAUGAAAAAAAGUGAAAAAAUAUAUUUUUAUAUUAAAAUGUU